AUGUUUUUGAAACAUCUUUCUUCCAAAGUAAAGGAAAAGCUCCCUCGCCAUCACAGCAGAUCUCGCAGCCCGUCAUUGAGAGAGCGUCCUCAGGAUGUUCAGGCAAGCAUACCUACCCCGAGUGACAUAUCAUCGGCCCCUGCUACGCAGGUUUCACAGAGCCGACAGUCCUUGCCGGUCUUAGAAAUCACCAAACCAGCAAGUACACAGGAGUUGGAAGUUCAAGGCCCCGCCCCAGAUUCGACUCUAGAUCCGGCACCAGGUACUCGUAGCGAGAAAGUUAAGUCGCCUCAGUUAGUAUCUGAGACGAUAUGGGAUCAUGCAUAUGAUGCGCUGAAAACCGAGGAUGCUGCAUUGGUACAAGCAUAUGAGAGGAUUCUAUCGAGCAAGCUUCAAAAUACAGAAGUCAUGGCCGACGUGAAUGUCAUCAACCAGCAUGACAAGGAGAAGAGAAGAAGCCAAAUGCAUCAGCUGGCCAAGGGCGGCUUAGACAAGAUUUCGCAGGAAACAAAGGUCAAGUCAUUCGUCGGUUCAGUUUUACAAACGGUCAAUCUCGCCCAAAAUAUCGUCACCGAAGUAGUCAAGGAUGUGCCACAAGCUGCAAUUCCAUGGGCCGCAGUCUGCCUUUCACUUGAGCUUUUAACAAACCCCAUAUCGGAGACUGAAGCCAACUGCAAAGGAAUUAGCCAUGUGGUAGAGCAAAUGAAUUGGUACUGCGAGCUAGCUGGGCUUCUGUUCAGCGAAAAAUCCGGUGGUGCCACAGCCGGAAUCCAACAGGAGCUGCAGACAAAACUCAUCGAUCUCUACAAGAAGCUACUUUCGUUUGAACUCAAAAGUAUAUGCUCUUAUUAUCGUCAUAGAGCCCUCAUUUUUCUGGGCGAUCUCAUCAAGCUGGAUGAUUGGGAGGGGAAUCUCAGGGCUGUUCGAGACGCCGAGGCCUUCUUCAACGAGCAUGUCCGCGUGUUUCAAAGUGUUGACCUAGGGCAAGACGUGAAGCAACUUGUUGCUCAUGCCAAAGAUGAACAAGAAUGCCGAAAGACGGAUGACGACAAGAAAUGUCUAAGAGAUUUGUAUGUUACAGAUCCACGAAUGGACAAGAGCAGAAUUGAAUCCACCAAAGGAGGCUUGAUUCAGGACUCGUACCGCUGGAUUCUUGACAAUUCGGAGUUCAAAACUUGGCUCCAUGACGAUGACAAACGGUUGCUUUGGGUAAAGGGUGAUCCGGGCAAGGGGAAAACAAUGCUUUUAUGUGGUAUAGUCGACGAAAUCAAACGGAGUGCAUCACACGCAAAUGCCAUCUCAUUCUUUUUCUGUCAGGCCACCAUCCCAACAAUCAACAACCAUCUGGCCGUUUUACGUGGCCUCAUAUGGUUACUUGUUGAGCAACAGCCAUCUCUUAUUUCUCAUAUUAGAGAAAAAUACGAUCCUAUCGGCAAUGAACUAUUUGAAGGACCCAACGCAUGGUACAGUCUGGCAAACAUUUUCCGCAGCAUUCUACGGGAUGAGAGGUUAACUAUGGCGUAUUUGAUCAUUGAUGGCCUCGACGAAUGUACCACCGGUCUGAAUGAGUUACUUGAGCUUAUUAAAGAGGCCUUGCCUUCUAGAAAUGUCAAGUGGAUCCUCUCUAGUCGGAACUGGGCAAACAUUCGGGAAAGCCUUGAGGAUGCUGGUGCCGAGGGUGUGAAUCUCAGUCUUGAGGUGAACGCCACCGUUGUGGCAGCUGCUGUGGAUACAUACAUUUCUUAUAAAGCAUCCAAGAUACCACUCUUGAAACAAGAUUCUGAGUUAACAGAGGAGGUAUGCAAUUUGGUACGCGAAAAGGCCAAUGGAACUUUCCUUUGGGUGGCAAUUGUUUUCCAGGAACUGCAGCAUAUGAACAUCCAUUACGAUGACCGCGAAUCUGUGUUGGAGCGGCUAAACGGGCUACCAAAGGACCUUACUGAGCUCUACGAUAGAAUGUUGCACCAAAUCGGACGUCUAGAAAAGAGAGAGUCUGAGUUAUGCGAAUCUAUCCUUGGAAUCACCGUACUGGCGUAUCAGCCUCUACGUCUUCAAGAGCUAGCGACUCUAGCAAGCUUCAAAGGGAAUCUCACUCGACCAUCCACGCUUCAAAGUCUUAUACAUAACUGCGGGUCUUUCCUAACAGUCAAGGACGAAAUUGUCUACUUUAUACAUCAAUCGUCGAAAGAAUACUUGACCAGCAACAGCGCAGCGCAAUCUACGCUAUUCCCAAAUGGUAUCGAGGAGAUUCACCACAAAAUUGCUAUGCAUUCAAUCAAUGCUAUGGAACAGAAGCUAUGCCGAAAUAUCUACAAAUUGGAUAAUCACGCAAUCCUUCUUGCUGAUAUACACACACCUGAGCCCGACCCAUUGAUCUCUCUAAGAUAUCCUUGCUCCCAUUGGCUUCAACACAUCUGCGACUCAAUCUCCAAUUUGGAGCACACGCCCAACCAAGUUAUUCUAAACGAUGCCAAGAUAUUAACAUUUCUGAAAAAACACAUCCUUCAUUGGCUCGAAGUCAUGAGCUUGAUGCGAAACCCGCCGGGUGGCAUUCCAUAUAUCAGCCGUUUUGGGGGCUUGCUUGAGAGAUACUCUUCUAAUAGCGAAAUUUCACAACUGGUUUACGACAUUCGUCGGUUUACACAGCACAAUUCAUGGAUUAUCUAUAAUGCUCCGCUUCAAUUAUAUCUCUCGGGGAUUCUAUUUAGCCCCAAACUUAGUAUCGUGAGAACUCUUUUUGAAGAAGAGCUACUAUCUUGGAUUACAACUAAGCCGCUCGUUGGACGUCAUUGGAGCCUUCUUCUACAAACACUCGAGGUCAAGUCCUUGCUAAUCCCAGCGGCAAUUUCAAGCGACAAUAAGAUUGCAGUGUACGAUUAUGAUGCAUUUGAGGUAAAAGUCUGGGAUAUUACCUCAGGAACGCAAAUUCAGACACUCAAAUGUAACGGAAUAAUCAGCCAGCUCAUCUUUUCUUGCGAUUCUAAACGCAUCUUAGCAGCACAAAAUGCCCCUGUUAUUUCAUGGGACGUAGAGUCCGGUGCUUUACAUCGUCAAGCAUGGUCUCCUGGUUACCAUGCAUCUCUCUCCCGGGAUGGCAUGUUUUUGGCUUCACACACAUCUGAUAGUACCAUUCAGAUUCAGAACGUGGCUACAGGAGCACAGGUAUCUCUUGUGAACGACAAUUAUGAUUACCAGGGGGAAAAGAACAAACAAUUAGUGAAACUAUCGAAUAACGCCAAGUUUCUGGCAUUUGGCUGGGAUGAAAUAACCAUAUGGGACGUGGUUGCUCACAAGGAGCAUACGCGCCUCAAUACAUUAGGAGGACGUCACAGGCAAGUCUGUUUUUCAACUGACUCCGAACUCAUGGCAUGGGAGUCGGGCGCUGUUCAAAUAUGGGAUUUGGUUACGGAAAGGGAAAUUCAGAUCCUUCACAGAGAAGGCCAUUAUACCAGCGAGUCUUUCUCAUCACUCGAGUUCUCAACCGACUCCAAGCUCGUGGCUGGAGGGUGCUGGGGUAACAUUUGGAUUUGGAACGUGAAAACCGGCACCAUGCAGACACAUCUGAACACUAGAGGGCAGCAACCGUACGGCCUCACCUGGUCUCCAAACUCCAAAAUCCUGGCAUCAACAAACUUUGAAAAUAUCACAAUAUGGGACAUGGCCACUUCUGCAGAGACGGAGGAUGUUCAAAGCACUAAUGAUGCAAAUGAUGACUACUUGGACCUCUCAAAGAUCACAUUCUCACAUAAUCCCAAUAUCGUGGCUACAAUUUCACAAACAGGCCAUAUCAAAGUUUGGGAUAUAUCUACCGAUAGAGAUGUAACUGAAUUUAUGAAAAAGGAUCGUGUUAACAAAGUAAACUUUCCGCCAGACCCCAAUCCUUCAAAUGCAGACAACGGAGAGCAAAAUGUCGAAUCAGGGGACAUAACUUCGGGGCCGCGAGGGACUGGAUUUUGGGAUUUUUCGGGGUAUAAGCCAUGCAAUCAUAUCGCAUUUUCGAAUAAUGGUGGAUAUUUCGCCGCAGUUACGGACGACAUUACGAUAUGGAAGGCGUCAACAGGUGAAGUGAUCUUCCAGUCUACAGUCUUUAACCGGGGUAUCGCUGAUAUGGCAUUCUCCAAUAAUGCACAGUACUUCAGCCUUUUAUUAACAGACCGGAAACUGGUAGUGUGGGAUAUAACCACUGGUGACAACGUCAUGUAUGUCAAAGAUCAUAUUUGCGAAGACGAUGAUGGCGAAGAAUGGUGUUUUUGCGACUUCGUUGGACGCCCUUACCCCGGCGGUUAUUCAUCAGCCAUCGCCAUCUCCAACAAUGGCAGGCAAGCGCUUGUUAGGAGUCCUUUUGGGAACGAGAUCUGGAUAUCUACCAUGGGAGAGAAAAAAACCAGGCUCAUUCUCGGAAUGAGCCUUACUUCAUCAACUUUCGGAUCUAGGGAAUCGUAUAUUGGUACGGGGCUUGGUUUCAUCAACAUUAAGGACCUUCAGACUGGAGACGAGACACCGGACAGUUACAAAACCAUAACCGAAGAGCAACUUCGUUUCGAAGGAUACGGUUUCAGCCUCGAUACGAGCUGGAUUACUUGGAAUGAGAAAAAGAUUUUAUGGCUGCCAGUCACCUAUCGCCCCCUUUCUUUGGCCCAUGAUUCCAUCAACAUGUCUCAUCUUGGCAUCUCCAUUUCCGCCGGUGCGAGUAGUGAUAUGGAGAUCAGAUUUUCCGGGCCACCCCCAGCAUAG